CGCGCUCAUGUUUACGUUCAGUCAAACUCACGCUCUCGAGUCGUUCAACUGUAUCCUAUCGAUCAUAAGACUGAGAUAUCGGUGAAUAGUUUUUCUAAACGUAUUGAAACAAUGUUGGAGGAAAAUAACAAGAAUUACGCGAUACAACUCUGUCGUUUCGUGUUAAAACCAAUUGGACUUUGGCCAAUGGUUUACAAAGACGUAUCGAGUACAGAAAAAAUCCUUUCUGCCAUAUUAGCAAUCACGUGUUUCUUUACGAUUUGUUUCGUUCUACUACCAGCCGGUUUUUACACGCUAUUUUACGAGCACGACGUAAAUGCCAAACUGAAGCUUUUUGGCCCAGUUGGGUUUUGUUUAACCUCAACCAUUAAAUACUGCUAUCUUGGAUUGAAAGGCGAGGCCAUUGGACGUUGCAUCGCGCACGUCGAGAACGAUUGGAAGCUGGUGCGCGAUCGGAAUCAUCGAACGAUCAUGAUGGAAUAUGCUACGCUCGGUCGUAAUCUCACUGUUCUCUGCGCCCUUUUUCUUUUCAGCGGUGGCAUGUCUUAUCAUACGGUCAUGACGCUCUCCUCGAGCAAGAAGAUCAAUGAAACUCUCACAAUAAGGGUGCUUACCUAUCCAGGAUACAACAGGUAUUUCGACGUACAGGCUAGUCCAACUUAUGAGAUCAUCUUCUUCCUUCAUUGCUUGUGCGCCAUGGUCAUGUACAGCAUAACAACAGCUGCCUGUAGUUUGGCAGCUACUUUUGUUACGCAUGCUUGUGGCCAAGUACAGAUAAUCAUGACAAGGCUGAGCGAUCUCGUCGAAGGUAAGGACAGCAAUAACAUUGAACUAAACGAUCGUCUGGUCAUCAUUGUUCGAGAUCAUGUCAAAACCUUAAGAUUUUCCGUACAAGUUGAAAAAGUGCUGCGUGAAGUAUGCUUACUGGAAUUGGUAGCAUCCACAUUGAUCAUAUGCUUGCUCGAGUAUUACUGUAUGACGGAAUGGGAAAAUAACGAUCCGAUUGCAACUUUGACGUACUUCAUCUUAUUAAUUUCUUUCACUUUUAAUAUAUUUAUAUUUUGCUAUAUCGGUGAAUUGCUAGUUGAUCAGUGCAAAAAAGUCGGAGCUGCAUCAUAUAACGUCGAGUGGUAUUGUCUACCAAAAAAUAUUGGCCUCGGCCUAAUCUUAUUGAUAGCAAUCUCGAAUUAUCCACCAAAGAUUACUGCUGGAAAAUUAUUUGAGUUAUCUCUUUUUACAUUUGGUAGCGUGCUUAAGACGUCCCUCAUUUAUCUUAAUUUAAUUCGGACGAUUACAGAUUAAAUUGAAGAUAUCGAACAAUCAAAUAAGUUUUUCUCAUAAGCAUAUGUAAUUAAUUAAAUUUACAUUUCUUUUACGAUAAAUAACAGAUGAAAUUUAUUAAGAAUAUGAAACUGUUGCGUAAUACGAAACAGGUAAAUUUACUUUUUGGAAUAUAACUUUUACAAUACAGACAUCGAGUUAAAUGAAUGUAACUAAUUAAAAUUAUCCAAUUGUACUGUUAUUUAUAAUAAAUUUCAAUGUAUAAUCUAACCAAUAAUUUAGCAUUGAAAUUCUCACCAUUGAAAGGCGGUUCUUUUAUUCUCUGACUGUAGUAUCAUUAAUAAUGAAAGAUCUGGUUAGUCCAUUCGUUGAGUCGUCUUAAGACUCCGCCCUCGUGCGCCGUACGGUUGCGCGUAUAGUUGACACUA